AUGUUUGAAACCAACAAUCUACGAAUCCGAGCCGUACGCAAUACCGAUUUCGAAAAGAUCCACGACCUUUGGAACGACCUACGCGUGCAGAAAUCGCUCUCUCCCUCCUACGUUGUUCCUCUAGGCAACAAGUUUGAAGAAACACUGCGUACUUCGGCUGCCGAUGCGCUACUCUACUGUAUCAUAGAGACUAAAGAUAAAGGCGACUGGGUCGGCUUCGUGAACCUCUUCAAUGGGGAUCAGAAGAACCGAGACGCGAUGCUUGGUUUAGCUCUCUGCCCAGAAUUUUGGGGCCGAGGAUAUGCGACCGAGGUUUUACGCUUUGUCGUUGAUUACGCGUUUCGAGAGCUGGCUCUGCAUAGAAUCACUUUGAACGUCUUCGGAAACAACGCAGCAGCGAUCAAGGUGUACAAAAGAGUGGGUUUUGUUGAAGAGGGUAUACAACGAAAGGCAAAUUGGUCUGGCGGGAAUUGGCAGGAUGUCGUCUUGAUGGCAAUACUGGAUGAGGAAUGGGCCGCAUCGAAAGGAGACCAUGGUGAAUGA